GUUCCUUUUCCUCACGUCAAAAACAGCCACUAACUUUUUAUGGUUUAUAAGACAAAACCAGUUUGGAUUUGAAACAGACAAGCUCAGAGAUUGUUCUUUUCCAGGCGCUCCAGUCAAAGGAAAAUCAAAACGGAAAUAAACCUGGCUGUUGACCGGUGAGCAGUUCUCUGUUUUAGUGACGCUGAGAAAUUCCCAAUCCCAGAAUUCCCACAAGCCCCUGAUCACUUCAGCAGACCACCAAAUCACAAACUCUGCAGAAGAGAGGAGGGAAACGCGGGAAUGUUUUCUCAUCAUGGUUGGACUGAGCGCAAAAAGAGGCUUGUAUUUAAUAUUUCUAAUGCUUUUCUGUGUGAACUUUGUGUUUUUUAAGACAUCCGCACAAUAUGAGAGCUACAGCUUCAUAAGUUUUCCCAAAGAACUCCUUCCUCUCACCGCAGCCUACGGACUGGCGCUGGACAGCUACGUAGCAGGAAACUGGACCGAAUCCAUCCAGUACUUGGAGCUGAGUUUGCGUUUGCACCGACUUCUCAGGGAAAGUGUGCGGUUCUGCUCGCUCCAGUGUAACAGCAGCAGUCAUGAGGAGCCGCUUUUCCUCGCAGCAGCCCCGGAUCUAAGCGUCUGCUGGCGCGUCAUGCGGACGGCGUCCUGUCAGAAGAAGUGCAGGGCGCAUUUCCCGGUCCUGCAGCUGCCGCCUCCCGGCAUCGAGAUCCUGGAGGAGUUCAGCAAAAGAUCCCCGUACAGAUAUCUGCACUUUGCUCACGCUAAGCUCGACGACCUGCAGCGGGCCGUCCCGUGCGCCUACACCUUCCUGCAGAGGAACCCCGAGGACCAGGAGAUGCUGCAGCUGAUGGAGGAGUACAAGAACGAGUACGACCUAGACGGCUUCCUCAUCGACCACGAACAACGACUUUAUGAGCCAUCUUUUGUUAGCGGCGUGAAGCUUGUCGACUUGGGGAAGUACAGCAGCGGCUCUGAGCGCCUGGAGGAAGCGCUGAGGCUCUACCUGCAGGAGUAUGACCUCUGCCAGGCCGAAUGUGACGGGGUCGGCCAUUUUUCUUCACACACAGACUUCUACGCUCUGUUAGCCGAAGUCUACUUUGACACGUUAAAAUGCAAGAUAAAGUGUGAGGAAAACCUAAAGCCCAACGUUGGCGGCUACUUUGUGGAGAACUUUGUUCCCACUAUUUACCACUACCUCCAGUACGCCUAUUACAAACUGAAUGACGGGCGCAGAGCCGUACCCUGUGCGUACAGCUACUUCCUGUUCCAGCCUGAAGACCCGGUGAUGAAGGACAACCUGCUGUACUAUGAGGCCUACAGCCCACAGUGGGGUCUGCAGGCCCACCACUUUACACCCAGAACAGAAGCUCUUCGAUUCUACAACCAGACCGUCACUCAAAAACAGAUGUUGACGUUUCUAAUAAAGUACUUGGAGACAAAUGAUGAGGGUUUUAGUGGACCAGACGAAAAUCCACUUUUGUCCUCCGAGUCUCCCGAUGCCGAAUUUGAAGGUGUGGGAGAUUAUGAAGAGUCCAUGUUUGCAAAAUGGAGGCAGAAGAAAGGAAAAGGAGACGCAGGAGAGGCCGACAUCUGAGCUCAACCAUUUACAGCUCCAGCUCUGCUGCUUUUAGUAAUGUUAGAUUCUUAAAUUUAAUUAAAAUAGUAUCAUAGUAAUAACUAAGCAUUAGCCAUAGUUAUGUCAUGAAGUUUUUGGCCCUCUGUUUAACAAAACAGCAACAACUUUUAAGCAAACUGUUAAAAAAACUGAUCAAAUCUGCAUUUGCUUUUCACUUUGCUUUAUGAUGUCACGUUUAAUGUCCAAAAAGAGUUUGAAAUGAUUCACCAGGCUUUUCUUUUACAUCACAAAAACCAAAUUAUUUUGCUUUUUGUUUUUAUUCUUGUUUAUUGUAACUUUUAAUUUUGCUCCAUUCAGCUAAAUUAUAAAGCAACUUUUCCAGAUGUAUUUGUUUUAAAAUAUUUUCUACAAAUAAAUUACAUUUUAGUUUC